AACACUUUAUAGACGACUUUGUUCUCCCGACAUACCUCAUCCACAGGCGACUAACGAAACAUCUUGGUGUAUGAAAACAUAACUCAGUGAUAUUACAGAUAUUUCAAUCCAUAUCUAAUGGGCAAUAUUUAAAGCCUCUGUGAAAUGUAUGAUUUCUCUCCAGCUACACUAACCUAAUGAUAUGAACUAUCUGAUAAGGCGACGCACAUCACUUCCGGGCGGGGUAAACAGUUUUGUUUUGAUCUGGCCAGUUUCCGUCAGUAGUUGUAUCUGAAGGAUGCUAGGAGUUAACCCGCAAGGAAUGGUGUAUUAGUGGUUAUUAUUAUGACUUGACAAUGAUUUUAACGGUAUCAGUUGACAGUAACGGUAAACGGCAUCAGAGUCAACAGCGUCCAGGUAGCUUUGGCGUGAAUAAUAACCAUGAAUGCGAACUGCACAUGUGAAGAAUGUAACGGGACGACCUUGCAAUGCAAUGAUGUUUGUCGAUGCCUUUCACCACCGCAAACAGCUGGCAUUGUGCUGCUGGUGUUGUUUGUUAUUGGAUGCGUUCUAUUACUGGGAUUCAUUUUGUGGAGAAGGAAACGAAAGCUUGCAAAGCCACAAACUAACGCAGUAGAGUAUGAGAUGAGUCCUUUGAACAACAACAAACAGAAGACAUCUGGUGCCCGAAGCCGGGAUUGUUCUGCAAAAGAUUUUUCAACGGCAAACCCCAUAUAUGUACCCUCAUGGCAAGGCAGGGAUUUGGGACAAGUGAGGCUCUGUGAAGAGUUGAUGAGUCAGCGUACCAUGAGACACAUGAUGAAUGAGUUUCAGAUGCUUGCCCCUCCAGACUAUGGCGAGGCAAAGUGUGGAGCAUCCGAGGACAAUAGAGUAAAGAACAGACACAAGAGUGUCCUCCCCUAUGACGGAAACAGAAUACUGCUCAAGCAAGAAGAAAAGAACGAUAGUGAUUAUAUUAACGCGUCUUUCAUUAAUGGAUACAGGGACAAUAUACGAUACGUUGCAGCACAAGGGCCGUCAUUUAAAUCAGUCAACGACUUCUGGAGGCUGAUAUGGCAGGAGAACGCCACAAAGAUUGUCUUGCUUACACAACUUGCAGAAGACGGAAAGAUCAAGUGUGCGAGGUACUGGCCCGUGUAUGGUGCCACCUUUAGGGCGUACGACAAGGUGUGUGUGCAGUGUGUGGAGGAGACGGUGCACCCUUCUUACACUGUCAGGAACUUCGCUGUGUGGAAGGGACAUUCUGACACAAGACAAGUGCUCCAGUUUCACUUCGCCGCAUGGGCUGACCAUGACGUUCCCAGAGACACAUCGUUACUGCUGCAUUUCCACAGGAUAGUGAAGGACACAGGACCGAACUCUAACGGACCUUUAGUGGUACAAAGCAGCGCUGGCGCAGGGCGUUGUGGAACAUUCCUGGCUUUUGACUACCUGCUGGAUCAAGCCAGGUACGAAGGUCGAGCUUGUGUCUACAGCUGUGUACAAACUUUCCGUGCUCAAAGAAUGAUGAUGGUUGAAACAGAAGAGCAGUAUUCCUUCAUCCACAACAUACUGAUUGGCGCCUUACAAACUCAGGGAACGCUGCCUAGCUACUACGAUCCUGUCCUUGUGCAGUGUGAAAAGUGCUGGCGUCUUGACCAUGAGACACAGGCCAUGGAUGGCAUCGAUGAAGAGGACUCCAGUUCUGACUAUGAGCCUGUGGCGUACGGUGACUUUGAUGACGUCAAGGCGCUCGCCGAACAACCCAGCAUCGUGGUUACGAGGGUGUGACAGAAGUUCCAUAAUCUGUGUUGGUGGCAUGUCUUCUUGUGAUCGGCUAUAGAUUAAGACAAGAAAACUACUUACUGACACUUCCUGUGUGUGUUGUCAUGGGUCGAUCAGCACAUGACAAUACUGACUCGGAAUAUUAUGAUGUAAAUAUAUAGCGCCAAUGCAAAGGAAAAAGCAGUCUCUUUUAUCUCCCCAAACAGAUUCAAUUGGGCGUGAAAGGCAAACUAGUGGUGACGAUUAUAUAAAAGGGAUCACUGAAAAUCAGUGAUGACACUCCCUUCAACUUCCAUACUAUCAGUGUCCAUAGUGUAGACGCUCUAUUAUCGUGAUAGGAUCCCUCAUUGCAUGUGCGGGGCCCUCACUGUACAGAGUUGCGUCCCUUGUUCAUGACAUGAUCCGAUAUUUGUGUGUUCUAUUCUGUUUUUGUCUGUCCCAUUGUCACAAAGGAGGUACUCAUCUAAGACCUGCAAUAUGGUUAUAAUAUGGUUAUAAUAUGGUUACAAGUAAUAGUAGAAAGGUAUUACAAUUGACUUAUCACCAAAACAUGUGAUGAUGGUCUUCCUGCAAACGUGUUGGAAGAUAAGAUUGAUUGUACAAUACUUUGAUGGAAUAUAUGAAUAAAACUUGUGUUCAAAUUAA